GUUGUCGCGCGUGUCUCUGACGUCAUCGGGCAGCACCAGACCCUGGGACAGACGCUGUCUGUGCUGAUCUUUAACGUUUUACCUGUAAACUACCGACACGCGCAGCCGCUCCGUGAACAUGGUCUGCGGCGGGUUCAGCUGUUCCAAGAAUGCGCUGUGCUCCCUCAACGUGGUUUAUAUGCUGGUGGGGCUGCUGCUGAUCGGAGUGGCAGCCUGGGGGAAAGGCUUCGGCCUGGUGUCCAGCAUCCACAUCAUCGGGGGGGUCAUCGCGGUGGGCUUCUUCCUGCUGCUCAUCGCCAUCGUCGGACUCAUCGGAGCGAUUCACCACCACCAAGUGAUGCUGUUCUUCUACAUGGUGGUUCUCUUCAUCGUGUUCCUCUUCCAGUUUGGAGUUUCCUGUUCCUGUUUGGCGGUGAACCGCGGGCAGCAGGAGGCACUUCUGAACUCUACGUGGGGAAUGUUGAACAACAAGACCAAGACGGACCUGGAGAGUCAGCUGAACUGCUGUGGGCUGCUCAACGUGACCAGCAGCCGGACCCAGUUUGAACUGGACCUGCAGAACUGCCCGGCUGUUUGCAAAAAGGGCCAUUUCUGUAACUCCUGUGGGGAUAUGAUGCUGAAUCAUGCAACCGAGGCUCUGAAGAUCCUCGGGGGCGUCGGGCUCUUCUUCAGCUUCACGGAGAUCCUCGGCGUGUGGCUCGCCGUGCGCUACAGGAACCAGAAGGACCCACGAGCGAACCCCAGUGCUUUCCUAUAGUCCGCCCCUCGGCCGCAGUGCCCUGCCAUAGAUGCAGUUUUCAGACACACUGGCACAUACUCACACACACACACACACACACACAGAGUAGUGCACAUCUAGAGGCAGACACUCAGGCAUAUGAUACAGGGCCACACCAACCACGACAACACACAACGAACGAGUGCACGCAGCACUAGACAAACACCGAGGAACACAACACUCUCACCUGAGAUCCAGAAACCACAACAACCCGUCACUUUGAUUUCUUUUUGCCGGAGCCGAGGCUGCGACCGCUGGAAACUUGUGUAUGAAAGGACGACUUGUGUAACCAGGUCCUCGUUGUUGGUCUCACGACGCAGCCUUGACUCGAGUUCCAGAUUCCCUGCUCGGUUUCCUCAUGCAUGUGGCGGCCUCUUCAUUCCACUCAGAAACCAAGUGGCAGAUCCACUCUUAUGCACCUUGAGUCUUUCCUCUAGCGUAGUGCCACCACCUCACAACAGCUAUACCCCUCUGGUCAGUGACGUGUGAGUCUGUAAAUGUUCAGUGGGAUGAGUCAUUUGAAUGAAAGACGACAAACUGGAUGUGUGGUGUAGAGUAGUUGUUUGUUUUUGUGUGUUUUUAUAAUUUUUUUCCCGAUGCCACAAAUGCCGAGUUGGAACAGGUGUAGGUUGUAAGAGUAGAUUGUAGGUGACGUAGUUGCUUGUCAUUCUGGUUCUCGUAUUUAUGAACUGUAACUGAGCCAAACUAACUUUGAACAGUCGGAGACGUUAGGAUGCCGCCGGACUGCAGCCCUGUUGUUGUACAUACUCUUUAAAUACUGUAGUUCUCAGAGCUCCUCCUCCUCCUCCUCCUCCUCCUCCUCCUCCUCCGCCUCCCCCUCUAGUGAUGAGGUUUGCCUGCAUAGUUGACGAUAUCUCUCCCUCCCUGUAUUUAAUACGUUCCUUUGUGUCGCACAUUGAUGUUGCUUAGAUUAGAUUCUGCUGGUGUAGACAAAGUGGAUUCAGGUACUUGUCGUUUCCUCCUGUGCAGCUGGAAGAAACCUCACAAAUGUAAAAAAAGAAAAUGGAAAGAGUAUGUGCUGUUUGAUUUGAAGUAUUUGGGUGAAUUUGGCCAAAUCUGCUUUGAAAAACCCAGUUUUGUUUUUAUGGUGUGGAUUGUGAAAAUGCUUCUUCUUCUUUUUUUCAAUAUUUGAAAUGAUUCUACUUUGGUGGAUUUAUUUUCGCCGGCGUGAUUAACGUGUUCUCCAUCGGCUCCUUUGUUCAUCAGUGUUAAAUGCUUUGUAAAGACGUGUUCGAGAUCUAUUUAAAUUAAGUUUGUUGACAUUAGGUUAAAGUUGUGUUGCGGUUUGGAUGAAAUCAUUUUUAAUGCCUCGCUUGAUGUUUCUCAUUCAUUCUCUGUGUGAAGUUUGUUUUUUUCUCUUAUUGAAUCUGCUUUUAACUUAAAGGACUAACACCGACUGUAAUUCCAUGUCUUACUUGAACCUGUCGACUUCGCUGAAUGGAUUUUUCCUGCUGCUGGUUUGGAUUCGUCGUUGGUGUAAACGAGCAUUUGGACAGAUCUUAAACAUUGAGCGUUAUAUUUCACUUUGUGUGCACUUGUUAUUCAAACUUAUCCCUGGAUUUUUUGAGACUUCAUUUUCCAGAUAAUAAAACCUCGAAUUGGGAACCGUU